GAGGGAAGAGAAGAGAGAAUUGGAACCAAGGCAAAGGGGAAAACUUUAUCAUGACAGCAUCGAGCAAGAAAAUCGACAGGGAUACGCGAACGGAGCCACCUGUGGCUGGAGCCUGGCUGCACCAAUCAAGGGCCCCGAAUUACGCAGUUGCGGGAGGCUUGGUCCGGUCCGGGAGAAGUCGGAUUCCGCUCUCAGAGAAACGGGGAAAGUUCGGACAUUCACACGGGAUUAUGUAAUAACCACGCAAGAAGCAUCUCGUGAUGGGCCAGAUUUUCAAUCAUCAUCGCCAACAAACACGCGCAAACGGCUCAUCACCAUUCGCCACCGACGCGAAGAUGGCGUCCCGGGCGGUCAUCCCGCGGUUUCUGCUGCCACUGCAGGGCCCGCUAUGGCGUGGCCUGCGUAUCCCACUCUCACAGAGUCUCAUCAUCCGAUUCGCGACGACAGACGCCAAGGGCAAGGACAAGGACAAGCAGAUUGUGCUGGAGAAGCCUCUCAAGUUCAACCCGCCCUCCCACGGAUCGAGGCUGAAGAGGAACACGUUGCCCAAGUACUAUGGCGCUCAAUUGACGGAUGCUGAGCUGGCCGCGCAGAGGGUCAAGAGCUACCCGGGGAUGAUGGCACCUGAAGGUACCUGGGCGCAUUGGUUCUGGCACAGCAAGACGCUCCAUCUGUGCAUCACCAUGGGCACCCUCCUAUCCAUGUGCGUCUUCACAUUCUUCAUGGACUACGCCAUGAACUCGCCGUUCAAGGACCUUCUCCCGCCCAUCUCCGACCUCUGGAAGCAUCCCAUCAACUUCUUCUACGGAUGGUGGGACGUCAUUGUCAUGCACGAGCGCGACAAGUCGAUCAAAGCCCGCGAGUCGCGCGAUCAGCACCAGGCCGAUGUCCACAAACGACGCUACUUUAUGAAGAUGCAUGGCAUCGAGCCAAAGAACCCCAUCACCAUGGUCUUUGGCAAGGAUGAGAAGGAGAUGAGCGAGGAGGAGCUGGAGGCCAAGGCACUCGGCAAGGAGAUGCCCGAGACGCCCAAGACGGAGGGGGAUACGCCGGCUGGGCGCAAGAAGCUGUUUGGCCUCUUUUAGAUGUGUCUGGUAUUGUACAUCCACCUGUGCUAUCAUAGUUAUUGUACCAUGUUCGUCGUCGU